GAAACUCAGAUGUGGCUAGCGUGGAAAUCUUUAAAAGAUUUUGAUUCAAUGUUCUUGAAUCUCAGUUCAUGUGAUUUUUUAUCUUUAAUAAAAAAGGAGCUUUCAAAGAAUACAACUGGUGAGAUUACAGAUGUAAAUCAAUUAAAUGAUCAACAGCAACACCUAGUGUUUGUUGUUGAUAACAAGUCCUUUGUAAAGGAUACUCUCCAACUGUCAUCAAGAAACAUGGAAAAACUCUCAGAAAUAAGCACUCUCUUAAGUUAUAUACCUCACCAAAAAGUUGUUGUGGAGUAUAGCUCACCAAAUAUUGCCAAAGCUUUUCAUGUAGGCCACCUGAGGUCCACAAUUAUUGGUGGUUUCAUAGCAAAUCUCCAUGAGUUUAUCGGCCACGACGUUACUCGACUCAACUAUCUUGGGGACUGGGGAACACAAUGUGGUUUGUUAUUGGCUGGCUACCAACAGUUUGGUUCUGAAGAUGACUUGCAUCAAAACCCACUUUAUCACUUGCUAAGAGUUUAUGUGAUGGCUAACAAAGAAGCUGAGAAAAAUUCUUCUUUUCUAGAUCAUGCAAAGCAUCUGUUUUUCCAAAUGGAGAAUGGUGAGAAAACUAUACUGACACAUUGGAAAAAGUUCAGAGAUUUGAGUAUCGAAGAAUACAAUAAGGUGUACAAGAGACUUGGAGUGAAGUUUGACAAAUAUGAAUCAGAAUCAAUGUACAGCAAAGCAGCGAAAUAUGUGUUGGAAAGAAUGGAAGAAAAUGGUCAUUUAUCAACAGACAAGAAUAAUCCAAAAGUACUGAAAUUGAAAUUGGCUAAUGGACAAGAGCAAAAUGUAACUGUAGCUAAAAGUGAUGGAUCUACACUCUAUCUUAGUAGGCAAGUGUAUAGUUGUAUUUCUACUCAUCACUAGAAACUUACUUAAAAUUAUAAGGUACAUAUAGUUUAAAA